ACGCGAAAAUCGGCAGAUAACCGGUGGGAGAUUCGAAAAGAGGUGUUUUCGAACUGAGGAAAAGCUGUCUUUUCUUCGACGGAAGGCUGAAGUGUGUUUCCAUUGUGCGGCGAAGAACUGAUAGCGAAAGUGAGAGCGAGGAGACCAAACAAGUGCCGGAACGUGCUCGAGUGCCUCCAUCCUUGCGGUUUUCGGUUUUUUGUGUCUCGAGCAACUCCUCCCUAUAUUUGUAUAUCUAUAUAUAUAUAUAUGUAUAUGUUUUUAUAUACACCCCGCAUACGCAGUGUUGACACGUCGGCGGUCGCCAGUUUUCGGUUUUUAUUUAUACGCCUGCUUGUACUUUUUUCCCGUGGUUAGCUGGGCCAAAAAACUUUUUUGCCUCUGGCCCAACAAUAACAUUUAACGGGCGGAGUGAGAGUUCAAGUUUAACUGACUGCAAACCAACUUCAAAUUAAAUCAAUUCGCCAAGGCAGCUGGAGUGGGAGAACUCAACGGCUCAGUCAAUUAGCGAUGAGCAAAGCAUCCCGGUCAGCUUUGUGAGCGAGUGGCCAAGAGGUUUUUGGCCAGGCCAACGGUUAAGGAGCUCGAUUCCGGCGGCGACGGAAAUGGCUGCUUAAGUGGUGCGCAUCCGAACCGGAAACGGAAACGCCGACGGGCAGAGAAAGUGGAGCACACAAUCCCCGACAACCACUUUUACCACUCAACUCAUUAGCCGUUAGAGUCGCAAAGAUGGCCAACUUGAGCACCACGACCGGGAUUCCCUUGGCCAGCGGCACGACCAACUGGAGCCUGACGACGCCGGGAACGACGAGCAUUAUCCUGGCGGAGGCGAUGGCCGCGGAGGACGACCGGAGUGGCGGCAUCAUUCACAACCAGUUCGUGCAGAUCUUCUUCUACGUUCUCUACGCCACCGUCUUUGUCCUGGGAGUCUUUGGCAAUGUCCUUGUUUGCUAUGUGGUCCUGCGGAAUCGAGCCAUGCAAACGGUAACGAACAUAUUCAUCACGAACCUGGCGCUCUCGGACAUCCUGCUCUGUGUCCUGGCGGUGCCGUUUACCCCGCUCUACACCUUCAUGGGUCGCUGGGCCUUUGGCAGGAGCCUGUGCCAUCUGGUGUCCUUCGCCCAGGGCUGCAGCAUCUACAUAUCCACGCUGACGCUCACCUCCAUCGCCAUCGAUCGGUACUUCGUGAUCAUCUACCCGUUCCAUCCGCGCAUGAAGCUCUCCACCUGCAUCGGGAUCAUAGUGAGCAUCUGGGUGAUCGCCCUGCUGGCCACCGUUCCCUACGGCAUGUACAUGAAGAUGACCAAGGAGCUGGUCAACGGAACGCAAAGUGGCAAUGAGACCUUCGUGGAGGCCACUCUCAUGCUGAAUGGCAGCUAUGUGGCCCAGGGAUCCGGAUUCAUCGAGGCGCCCGACGCCACCUCGGCUGCCCAGGCGUACAUGCAGGUAAUGACGGCGGGAUCGGGUUCGGGAUCGGGAUCGGGACCCUAUGUGGUCUACUGCGAGGAGAACUGGCCGUCGGAACAGUACAGAAAGGUGUUCGGAGCCAUUACCACCACGCUGCAGUUCGUCCUGCCGUUCUUCAUCAUCUCCAUCUGCUAUGUGUGGAUAUCGGUGAAGCUGAACCAGCGGGCCAGGACCAAGCCGGGCUCGAAGUCCUCGAGGCGGGAGGAGGCGGAUCGGGAUCGCAAGAAGCGCACCAAUCGCAUGCUCAUCGCCAUGGUGGGCGUCUUUGGUCUGAGUUGGCUGCCCAUCAAUGUGGUGAACAUCUUCGAUGACUUCGACGACAAGUCGAACGAGUGGCGCUUCUACAUCCUGUUCUUCUUCGUGGCCCACUCGAUUGCCAUGAGCUCCACGUGCUACAAUCCCUUCCUGUACGCCUGGCUAAAUGAGAACUUCCGCAAGGAGUUCAAGCACGUGCUGCCCUGCUUCAAUCCGUCGAACAACAACAUCAUCAACAUCACGAGGGGCUACAAUCGCAGUGAUCGCAACACCUGCGGUCCAAGGUUGCAUCAUGGCAAGGGGGAGGGGGGACUGGGCAGCCUGGAUGCCGACGACCAGGACGAGAACGGCAUCACCCAGGAGACGUGUCUGCCCAAGGAGAAGCUGCUGAUUAUCCCGAGGGAGCCGACCUACGGCAAUGGCACGGGCGCCGUCUCCCCCAUCCUGAGUGGGCGUGGCAUCAAUGCAGCUCUUGUUCAUGGUGGCGACCACCAGAUGCACCAGCUGCAGCCGUCGCACCACCAGCAGGUGGAGCUGUCCCGCCGGAUCCGCCGGCGGACGGACGAGACGGACGGCGACUACCUGGACUCGGGCGAUGAGCAGACGGUGGAGGUGCGCUUCAGCGAGACGCCGUUCGUGAGCACGGACAACACCACGGGGAUCAGCAUCCUGGAGUCGAGCACCAGCCAGUGCCAGGACUCCGACGUGAUGCUCGAGCUGGGCCAGCCAGGCGGAGGAGUGCUCGGGAGGCGGCUCAACUGAGACAGGAUUUUCGAAACGCAUUUCUAAGCAUCUUCGUGGACGGACUUUUAUUGAAUUGUGCCAGUGAUUCGAGCCAAAAUAAUGCAAGGAAAUGUCAGCUAGAUUUCGGAAGUCAUUUUGUAAACCACACUCAACAUGGAUGGGUGGAAAAAUGCUGAUAAAUGGCAAAUCAAGUGACAACGAUGUGGAAAGCGAUGGCGAGGGGAGAUUUUCUAGCAAUUGGCUGGAAAAGCUAUACAAGUCGUAGAUAUCAUAUGUGUGUGUGUGUGUGUGUGUGUGUCUGUGUAUAUAUUUUAUGGGUGCGAUUGGGUGUGGUAAUGAAGUGUGUGUCUGUGUGUGUGGUUGUGUGUCGCCUGAAGGCACAACUGCCUCUUUAUAAAGCUAUUUUUUCCCGUAUUUUCCGGCGCCAUUCAAGUCGCGACAAUUGCUGGCCCAUUUCGCAUAUUUACAAUGCCUCGAAGGGUGAUUCCAGCCAACUCUCCGAAGAACAGUUUGCCUUUGUCGCUUUCAAUUUGUACCUAACAACUGUCAGACAUUUGUCGUUUUGGUUUUGGCUUUCGCCAGUCACACGGAAUUAAAUUUCGAGCGUCGGGCUUUUGGCCCAAUUGUGUGGAAAUAUGUCAACGCAAGUCCUUCUCCCUCUAACUCGUUUUCUCUCCCGGCAGAACAGAGAAAAAAUAAUUUGUUCGACUUCAAAAAAGCAAACAUUUUCACGGCUGAUGGGAGCACUAUAAGGCCAUCUAAAAAGAGGGAAAAAACCAAAAAAAAAAAAAUGGCACGAGUAAGCUAACAUUGAUGAGAUUUGCACGGGCCAACAGAACCGGAUCGGUGAAUAUAUACGGAUAUCGAAGCUGACUGGCAGCUGCCAGGGCCAAAAUAUCGCCUGCAGGCAUUCAACUGAAAUUCAACAGGCAUCAAUUUUAAAGCCCCUUAAUGCUGAAAUUGUCACAGGAUAAAAUUGGCUUAGCUAUUGUUUACAUCUAGGCAAUUACGAACUCCUACGCAAGGCAAUAAAUUCUGUGUUCAUUUGUUUAGGUUUACGAUUUUCCUCAAGGACCUCUCUCCUUUCAUUCAAAUUCCAGCAAUAUUAGUGCGGUUAUAGGCGAGUGUGAACUGUGUGUGUGAAUGUGCAUAAUAAAAUAACUAACUUUAACUGCUGACGCAUAAAACUAUUUUAUCACAAAAUAUUUAAUGGCUAAUAAAGUGUGUCAGGUGUAAGACAGCCAACAAAGGCGAUUUCCUAGGUUUAAGCUGCUCGACAAGCUUGCAAAGUGUUUUCGAGCAUAGACAUAAAUGAAAACAAAACUGUAUAUUAAGGCAUUAACGCUUAAGAUUGUCGGCUAAGCGCAUCAAAUGCUAGAACAAAAAUAUUAUGCUAAAUUGGAACAAGGAAAUCUGCAGACCCAAAACCAAAAGUACGCCAAGUUGUGCUGACCAUGAGCCCCGCUUUUGAAAGUUUAAAGUUUAAAGUUUAAAGCUUAAACUAGGAUUUCAAAAACAUGUCACAUUUUUUGGUGUACUUUUGGUUUUCCUGCUUUGGUAAAAAGCUUCCACUGCGUAUACGUAAUUAUAAUUAAUAUAAAAAUGCUUAAAUACUUUAAGGUAGACAGCUUAGUUUGAACUAAUUGCUGAGAUGUUUGUGAAUACUCAUUGAUCGAUGGAUAAACUAAAGGUAUUUCAAAAUGGCAUUACGGUGUGUAUGGUCUCAUGAAAGUCUUAGGAAACUAGAAUAGGAAACCCAAUAAAAUUUAAACAUAUUAAUAUGAGUAUAGAAGAAAUUUUAUGAAUCCCUAGCUACAAUUAAAUGUUGGCUGUUGUAUCAAUGUAUUACGAACGAAUAAGAUAAGUUAUGUGAACUUGGAAAGGCAUUUUUAUAAAUAAAAGAAUAGUUAUUAUAUCCGUAGGGUAAAAAAUUGUAAAACUAUUUUAAGAAGAUCAUCCAAAAACUUAACUAUUAAAGUGAAACUUAAAUUAAGGUAAAUUUUGGAAAUAGAGUUAAGGCUAAGAAGGCGAAACAUUAAAGAAUAUAAAUAGCAAGUAAGUAAAAAUAGAUUAAGAAAAUGUUGUUGAUUCAACUUCCCACUAGUUAAGGGUUGUGUUUGUAGCCAAUAAAUGUUGAUUUGGAAAAUAUUAAAUACGAAAAGAUUGCACAAUUGGAAGUAAGACAAACUAUCAAAAAAACAAACAGUUAAAUGUGAAAAUUGAAAGUAAAUGAAAUCUACAGUAAAAUUGCAUGUCAAAUAAAAAGAAAAUUCUUAAGUUAUUGUAAUAUCACAAACGAAACACAGCUGAGUAUUAAACUAAAAGUAAAAACUAUACGAAUGUAGCCGAAAAAGAUGUUUUAAAAUACGGAUUACCGACACACGAAUAAAUAAUGGAUGUUGAAACAAAA